GCAGUCAAAUUGUUUGUUGUGGUUAAUUGUGCGAAUUGUGUCAGUAAUUAGAGUGAAUCAAAGCUAUUAUACUUUGCCAUUACAUUUUUUUAAGGAUUUUAUUAUUAGUUGACUGUUAAAUUAAAUAUUUAGCAUUUACUAAUAUGAUUCUUUGGAUAUCUUUGUCUUCAAACAAUCAACAUGGAUGAUGGCAGUUCAAUCCAAAAAUGAAUUGGUAUGCAAGUGAGGGUGGCAAAUAGAUUCCAGUACUUCUGAUAAUUGCUGUGAUAUGUCUGUAAAAAUAAAAAUAAUGGAAAGAAACAAUAUAGAUACGAAAUCGGAGACAUGGUCAUUGUUACCAGGAAUAGUGGUCAAAAUAGAACAUGAGGAUAACAAGGAAUCAAGUAAUUAUAAUUCUGAAGAUGAAAUGAAAUUAGAGGCAAGUUCAUUUGGAGAGGACAGUUAUUUUUCAUCUUUCAUUAAUUUAUUCCCAAUUUCGAGUAGUUCAAAGAAAAGAGGCGGAAAUAGUUCGCGAUUUAAAAACGAAUCUCAAGAAAAACGAGCAGCACGAUUAGCAAGAAUGGCAAAGCGCGCUGCAGAGAGAAUUGCUGCUGAGAGUCCACAGCAACGCAAAGAAAGAUUAACAAAAUUAUCAGCGUGUAAAGCUAAAAGGCUAGCCAAUGAAAGUCUAGCAGAACGUUUAGUACGACUUAAAAAGAUGUCAGCAUACACAGCUAGCCGAAUAGCACAAGAAACUGACGAACAAAGGGCUGAGCGUUUGAGUCGCAUGUCACAAUUAAGUGCUAGAAGAAUUGCUAAUGAAACAGAAGAACAAAAGCGGGCACGUUUAUUAAAGAUGGCUGCGUAUUCUGCUAGGAGACGUGCACUGAAGAAAGCAGUCUAGUC